CAAAGUGGGCGACGAGGUCUACACCCUUCUCUCUCCUCUCUCUCUCUCUGAAGCUCUCGUCUUAAGAGCGGGUUUUGGGGGAUCUUUCUUCGUGUUGGUGGAUGCGAUUUUUUUCAACAAUUGAAACUUUCUUCUUACUCUAUUUCUUCGUGCCCACUCUCUCUCUCUUUCUCCACAGAUUUUCUCGCUCUACACCUGCUCUCUGUGAAUUCCCCCUCUACCCAUUUUUUCUUUUAUUUUGGCUAAGGUUCAUGAACGUGGCCCUUCUGUGCGAAGCUUUCAACUCGGUGGCUCUCUCCUUUUGUUGGCAUUCUGUGUUGCAAGACUGCCUUGGAGCUUUCAAGGGGUGAAUUUGCGGAUUGUUAUGAGUUCAGAAUGGUCUGUGCUAAUUGCUUGUAGACAGCGAUUUAAAAUUUUAAGAGAGAAGGGUGAAUCAGCGCUUAAGUCUGAUGAUUAGGCUGUGAAUUCGAAAGGGUUCUAUUCAAUUAGCUGAAUUGAAGAGGUCAAUCGGUGACUCAGUGGAUUUAUCCUCGAUUCAGGCUGUGAAAUCAGAAAGCUUUUUAGGAUUCACUAAACAGUUUCUGACGGAUCCGUCAAUUGAGAAUAGGGGGUGUGGUUGCUUCGCUCCUCUGGAGUGCAUAUUAAAUAUAGUCAGGGCCCUCAGAAUGGGGUCCUGCUUGUCUGCUGAAAGCAGGAGCCCCCUCCCCGGUUCGCCGUUAUCCCCUGCGGUGGGGUUCAGGAAGCGAAAGAACUCGAAGAAAAGGCUGGGCUCGCGGAAUUCCUCCUUUGAGUAUCGCAGGGAUGAACCGCUUCAUAGGAUUCCUGGGAGGAUGUUCUUGAAUGGGUUUAGCGAAGUGGCAUCUUUGUUUACCCAGCAAGGCAAGAAAGGCACAAAUCAGGAUGCCAUGAUUGUUUGGGAGAAUUUUGGUUCCAGAACAGACACAGUUUUCUGUGGUGUUUUUGAUGGCCAUGGUCCCUAUGGUCACAUGGUUGCAAAGAGAGUGAGAGAUUCACUACCUCUGAAACUGAGUGCCCACUGGGAAGUGAACAUAAAGAGUGAUGAUGUCCUCAAAGAGAUCAGCCUUAAAACUGCUGGAAGCAUGAACUCAGAAGAUACUCCUUUCAUAUCUGCUGAUGAGGAGUCCAGGCCAUCUAUUGAUCUUGAUGAAGCAGAUAAACAUCCUGAGAUCUUUCAGGUUCUGAAAGAGUCAUUUCUGAAAGCUUUUAGAGUGAUGGACAGGGAACUGAGAAUGCACCCAAGUAUCGAUAGCUUCUGUAGCGGGACAACUGCUGUAACUGUGAUUAAGCAGGGUCAGGAUAUUGUCAUUGGAAAUGUUGGGGACUCCAGAGCAGUAUUGGGUAUGAGAGACAAAGAUGAUUCUCUAAUUGCAGUUCAGUUGACUGUGGAUCUCAAACCAAAUCUUCCAGCGGAAGCGGAGAGAAUCCGGAAAUGUAGAGGGCGUGUUUUUGCUCUUCAGGAUGAACCUGAGGUUGCUCGAGUCUGGCUGCCAAAUAAUGACUCCCCUGGCCUUGCCAUGGCACGUGCUUUUGGAGAUUUCUGCCUAAAGGAUUUUGGUCUGAUCUCUGUGCCUGAUAUAUCGUACCGGCGCGUCACCGAGAAGGAUGAAUUUAUUGUAUUGGCUACAGAUGGGAUUUGGGAUGUGCUAUCAAACAAAGAAGUGGUAGACAUUGUCGCAUCAGCCCCAACACAAUCAUCUGCGGCUCGGUUCCUGGUUGAGUCAGCAGUUCGGGCUUGGAGAUUUAAGUAUCCAACUUCCAAAAUCGAUGACUGUGCUGUAGUUUGCCUCUUCCUUGACACAAACAGAUCGUCUACUGCAUCUAAUGCUAAGUUAAAAGAACAGCUCAACUCAGUGGACCAGGCCGAGACCUGCAAUGAGAAAGGAGAGCUCUCCAGCCCAACCAAUUUGAAUCGUUCAGGAACGGUCCGAACUGGCAAUGAAAAUCUGCAAGAAGGAAGUAAUGGAGAUGCCUUAAAGGAGGAGGAGGAGGAGGAGGAUGAGGAAAUACAUACAGAUGCUGGAAUAGAUUGGUCUGCACUAGAAGGAGUGUCUCGUGUGAACACGCUAUUGAAUCUGCCGAGAUUUGUGCCUGGAAAGGAAGAGAAGAAAGCCCGGAAAUGAUGGAAGGGAAGAAGUCUUUGAAAUCCCUCAUUAAUUUUGUUUUUGUUUUUCCUUGUUUCUGUUUAGCUUUUAAUUUUCUACAGAAAGGGGAAAAGAUUUGUAGGGCCAUCGAUGUUAAAAAAAGAACUUGGAACCGGAGAGGUGGGCCCGGCUAUAUUAGCGCGUCUGGGUAAUAUUUUUUCUCUCUCUAGUGGGUGGACAUGGAAUUUUGGUAAAAUCCAACUCUCCGUCAUUUUUUUCUCUUUUAAUUGUAAUUUUUUUUUUCUUGGAAAAAAUUCAUGUGUGAUUUGUUGGUAAUUUUUAUCGUUGAUAAUAAUUUUGUGGUAAUGAAGCCAUCCUCUUUUUAGUGCAA